AUGAGCCAGCGGAUCCUCUACCCGCAGAUCCACAGCGAUAGCCCGUACACGAUGCAGCAGCCAGGCGCCCAGGCCAAGCCCACCAUCGAGAUGAGCUUACGAGAGCACCUCCUCGCCGCUGGGGCUGGCCAGCCUGUGGCGCAACCGCUGCCGCAGCACCCGCACGUCGCCAGCCCGCCGCACGCCAUCGACCCAGCCAUCGCCGGCUCGCAGUACGCGCAGAUGGGCGGCGGCGACCCCAACGACGGCGACCUGAGCGAGGGCCGCAACAAGGGCCGGCGCGAGCUCUCGACGUCGAAGCGCGCCGCCCAGAACCGCGCUGCCCAACGCGCCUUCCGCCAGCGCAAAGAAGAGUACAUCAAGCAGCUCAAGGACCAGGUCAAGGAGUUCGAGCACCUGUCGCACACAUACAACCAGGUCCUCGCCGAGAACUCGUCAUUGCGCGACUAUGUCAUCAACCUGCAGGCCCGUCUGCUCGAGGCCCGCGGCGAGAUCCCACCCGUCCCCGCCGGCAUUGACCUCAACCGACCGCACGGCGAACCCUUGGGCCUGAACCACAACCUGCCGCGACAACUGCAGCCCCGCCCCUCGGACCCGCACCAACAGCAGCAGCAGCAACAGCAGCAACAGCAGCAGCAGCAACCAGAGCAGCAGAGCCCCAACAACAAUAACGGGGGCCUGUCGGAGCGGCAAAUCGGCGAGCUCCAGAUGGCCGCCCAGGCUGCCGCAGCCGCACACGGUCCGUCUCCAAACAAUGGCAAGCACCUGAACUCGGAUGGCUCAUACGACGCAGGUGAUUACGCAGAGAAGCGCCAGAAGGUCGACGAGUCGCCAGUCCAAGCUCAGCACCCUUCGCCGCCCUCCAUCUACCCCAACCCCAACGCCUACUAG